AUGUCGACAUACAAACUCUAUCAUCUUAAUAGACGUACUGAAAUUAUUCCUUUAAUGUUUAUUGCUGCUGAUCGAAAAUUUGAAGAUAUUCGUUAUGAACUCAGAAAAUGGACAUCGAACAAAAAUGGAACGCUUUUAAAAUCAAAGUCUAUUCUGGAAAUUGAUGGUGUUAAAUUACCACAAUCAGUAUCUAUUUGUUGUUUUCUUGCUAAACGAUUUCAAUUAGCUGGUAAAGAUAAUAUUGAACAAGCGACAGUUAUUGCCAUUGUUAAUACACUUAUGGAUUUAAUGAAACAGUUUUUGUCAUUUCGACAUGAAAAUGAUCCAAGAAAACGACUAGAACUUGUGAAAAGUUUCUAUAUAAAUGAGUUACCAAGAUAUUUACAAAAUGUCGAAGUUUUAGCUAAACAAUAUGGUAACAACGGUCCAUUCCUUGUUGGAAAUAAUUUAACAUGGGCAGAUUUAGCAUUUUAUGAAAUUAUAGAAAUUCUUUUUAAAUCAGAUAGAAGUAUUUUAGAUAAUCAUUUAUUCUUAAAACAAAAUCGUGCAGAAGUAGAAAAACAACCUCGAAUUGCAGAAUAUCUUAAAAAUCGAUCAAAGCCAUAA